AUGGCGGAGGAGCCAAAUGCCAAUGCUUUAGCCAGUCUUAACAAAGCAAUGAUAAACGCAAACUCGGGAGAUGACAAAAAUGAAACAGCUUUGUUGAUGAUGUCUCCCAGUAUGAACUGGGCAGAGUUCUUGACUCCUGCACCACUAUCCAUCGCUCUUCUGGGACAACUAAUGCUGGUGGCAGGGGAAAAGGACUUCUCAUUGGAACACCAAAGGCCUGAGAAAGGCUUCCAAUUUAUUGAGCAUCCCGAAUCAUUUAGAGCCUGCUUGGUGCAAGUGAGCAAUACUGGAUGGAGAGCUUUCAACGAAGCCCACAAGGUAAGAAACUGAAGUUGAAAAGGUACUCUCUCUCUGCUCCUUUAAUUGUUCUUAUAAAAAAGGAGCGUUUUGUUUAAAAUGCCCCUUACCUUCAAAAAUUAUUUGCCUAAAACAAAUUUGUCGCAUUAAGUUGAGUAUUUCUGUCCAAAAUGUUUUUGACUGCGUUAUAUCCAGGAUUUUCUGAGUGCUUUUGAAAUAGAUCUCCGUUGGUUCACGACUGCAUAAUGGAGAUAUGGGGAAAGCGAGAGUUGUGGCGUCAAUCGAGAAUGACACUCGAGCGAUAGCCAAUCAGUUUUCUAUAGUUUUCUAUAGCAAACUCCUUUCGAUUGGAACUCUGUAGUCAUCACAGUUUUACAGUGAUUGUCAUUUCUCUUAUCAGACUCAGAGAUCAGCUUCUUCUCUUGGGAAAGCAAAUAAAUUUAUUUUAACCCUGAAUGAGCGAAGCGGCACCGAAUGUAUUAAUCGAGUCACAGCCGAGUUCUAGUAACUUCCAUAAAUACGAAAAAGUAACAAUUGUCUUUGUUGAUAAAACCAACUUCAAGGGCGAACACGCUGACACUAAGUCAGGGCACAGCAGUCAAUGAACCACGUUGCCUAAGCUUACAUUCCCGUAUGCACACGUGAUCUAAUUCGUACCCAGUCUACAAGCUCUAGAACUCCUUUAUGGGUGACCUGAACGCUAGAACAGGAAAGUACUCCGACAGCGUUUGUAAAGAGGGGAAAUAACCUCAUUACAAACAGAAUUCUCUCUCUGCUUAACCCAGAAAAAUAGUUUUGAUAACGAAUUAAACAGUCACGGUAAAAGGCUCCUUGAAAUUUGUAAAAUAAGUGCAGACCUUAGGAUUCUAAACGGAAGAGUCAGUGGUGAUUCCCUAGGAAGAGUAACGUUUCAUGGCAAAAACGGAGUGAGUGUAGUUGACUAAGCAGUAUGUGACCAGGAUCUUUUGUCACACGUUGCAAAUUUUGUAGUCAAAGAUCAACUGCAUUUGUCAGACCAUAGCUCUAUUACUACUUGGCUGAACAUUAACAAAAAGAAGAGUUGUAAUCACACCAUACUUGAAGGAGAUACUUUAACGCGUUUACCGAAACAAUUUCUGUUGGAAAACGACUCCGCUCAAAAAUUCAAGGAUGCUCUGAGGUCUCCUCGUAUACAAACACCAAUACGCGAUUACAUUUCUGGCGACACAUUCGAAGAAAAUACUGAGCUAUCCCUCGAAAAGGUGGAAAACAUCACAACGGCUAAGUGUUGUUUAAAGAUAAGAGCAGGUAAAACGCGUAGGCGUAUCAAAUCAUUAUCAAACAAAAAACGGUUCGAUAAAGAAUGUCGUUUGAAAAGGCAUGAAUUACGAAAACUAGCAAACAAGAAACAUCAAGACCCUUUGAAUACUAUCAUACGUGAGUAAUACCAUGGCUCUGACCCAAUACAAGAAAUUACGUAAUUCUUAAAAGAAUGAUUAUUACAAAGCCAAGAUUUCUGAGCUAGAUAAAACUGCAUACAAUUCAGGCGCGUAAACUUUCUGGCAAUGCCUCAAAUCGAUGGACGACACUAGAAACGGAGAGGAUGUUCCAUCAAUCUCGGAGGAAAAUUGGCUACAACAUUUCCACAAUCUUCAUUCAAAAGAACAUCUUAACCCAACGCAGCAAAACAUUUGCAAUGAGCUACGACAAAAUGAAUGGUCAACACUCUCGUCCUUUAGAUUUCAUGAUAAUUGAAAGAGAAAUACGUAAAGCUGCGGAUAAAAUUAGAAAUGAAAUGAUAAAAGCUAGUGUUGAUACAUUGAUGCCCUUGUAUGAAAAAUUAUUUAAUUCAAUUCUUAACCAAGGGACCAUGCCACAGACUUGGUGUAGUGGUCUUAUUACUCCCAUUUAUAAAUCGGGGGGACGAAGCGCUCCGGCAAACUACCGGGGUAUCUGUGUCUCCAGCUGCCUGGGAAAACUGUUUUGUUCUAUCUUAAACCAACGACUUCUCGAGUAUAUAGUUUCUUUGAAUAUACUCCACAAAUCUCAAAUUGGCUUUUUACCGAAUAACCCACGUCUUCACUCUCCGAACCUUGAUAGAUAAGUAUGUUCAUAAUCACAACAAAAAGAUCUAUGCUUGUUUUGUAGAUUUCAAAAAAGCUUUUGACUCGGUCUGGCAUGACGGGCUCUUGAAUAAGCUGCUGCAAAUUGAUGUUGGUGGUUCUUUUGAUAACUUAAUUAAAAGCUUAUUUCACAACUCUUCCUGCUCAAUCAAAAUUGCCCAAAAACAAACGCGAUCAUUCCGUUUUGCGAGAGGUGUGCGGCAAGGCUGUAUCUUAAGUCCACUGCUUUUUAAUCUUUAUAUUAACGACCUACCUUUCGAAUUUGAAAAUACAUUAUCUGAUCCUUUUGUUUUACCAAACGGUGAAAAACUAAAUUCUUUAUUAUAUGCAGACGAUUUAAUCAUUUUUUGGUAAUGGGUUCAUGAUAACCGUCACGAAUAUAGAGACAUUAAGUGACCACUAAGCCCACUAUGAGAAUGUUGAUGUAAUUGCUGUAGUUACUGUAGUUGGUGUAGUAGCUCUAGUUGGUGUAGUUAGUGUAGUUGGUAUAGUAGCUGUAGUUGCUGUAGUUGGUGUAGUAGCUGUAGUUACUGUAGUUGGUGUAGUAGCUGUAGUUUGUGUAGUUGCUGUAGUUGCUGUAGUUGCUGUAGUUAGUGUAGUUAAUGUAGCUGGUGUAGUAGCUGUAGCUGGUGUAGUAUCUGUAGUUGGUGUAGUUAGUGUAGUUGGUGUAGUUGGUGUAGUAGCUGAAGUUACUGCAGCUGGUGUACUAGCUGUAGUUGGUGUAGCAGUUGUAGUGGGUGUAGUUAGUGUAGUUGGAGUAGUUGGUGUAGUAGCUGUAGUAGGUGUAGUUGGUGUAGUAGCUGUAGUUGGUGUAGUUGCUGUAAAUAGUGUAGUUGGUGUAGUUAGUGUAGUAGCUGUAGUUGGUGUAGUAGCUGUAGUUGGUGUAGUUGCUGUAGUUGCUGUAGUUGCUGUAGUAGCUGUAGUUGGUGUAGUUAGUGUAGUUGCUUUAGUUGGUGUAGUAGCUGUAGUUGGUGUAGUUAGUGUAGUUGCUGUAGUUGGUGUAGUUGAUGUAGCUAGUGUAGUUGGUGUAGAUACUGUAGUUGGUGUAGCUGGUGUAGUAGCUGUAGUUGGUGUAUUAGCUGUAGUUGGUGUUGUUAGUGUAGUUGUUGUAGUUGGUGUAGAAGCAGUAGUUGGUGUAGUUAUUGAAGUUCCUGUAGUUAGUGUAGUUGCUGUAGUUGGUGUAGCUGCUGUAGUUAGUGUGGUUGGGGUAGUUAGUGUAGUUGGUGUAGUUGCUUUAGUAGCUGUAGUUGGUGUAGUUGGUGUAGUUAGUGUAGUUAGUGUAGUUGGUGUAGUAGCUGUAGUUGGUGUAGUUGCUGUAGUUGCUGUAGUUGCUGUAGAUUGUGUAGUUGGUGUAGUUAGUUUAGUUGGUGCAGUUAGUGUAGUUGGUGUAGUAGCUGUAGUUUGUGUAGUUGCUGUAGUUGGUGUGGUUGGUGUAGCUAGUGUAGUUAUGUGUAGUGGGUGUAGUUUGGUGUAGUUGGUGUAGUUUGGUGUAGUUUUGUGUAGUUGGUGUAAUUUGGUGUAGUUUGGUUUAGUAGGUUUAGUUUGGUGUAGUUUUGUAUAGCUGAUGUAGUUUGGUGUAGUUUUGUGUAGUUGGUGUAGUUUGGUGAGUUUGGUAUCGUAGGUGUAGUUUAGUGUAGUUUGGUGUAGUUUUGUGUAGUUGGUGCAAUUUGGUGUGGUUUGGUUUAGUAGGUUUCGUUUGGUGUAGUUUUGUGUAGUUGAUGUAGUUUGGUGUAGUUUUGUGUAGUUGGUGUAGUUUGGUGUAGUAAGUGUAGUUUGUUGUAGGUUGGCGUAGUUUUGUGUAGUUGGUGUGGUUUGGUGUAGUAGGUGUAGUUUCGUGAAGUUUGGUGUAGUUUUGUGUAGUUGGUGUGGUUUUGUGUAGUUGGUUUUGUUUGGUGUAUUUUGGUGUAGUAGGUGUAGUUUGGUGUAGUUUGGUAUAGUUUUUUGUAGUUGGUGUAGUUUUGUGUAGUUGGUGUAGUUUGGUGUAGUUUGGUUUAGUAGGUGUUGUUUCGUGUGGUGUUGUGUAGUUGGUUAAGUUUAACGUAGGUGGUGUAGUUUGGUGUAGUUUUGGGUAACAACUACACUAAAUACACCAACUACACAAACUACACCAACUGCACAUACUACACCAAUUACAUAUACUAAACCAACUACAUAUACUACACCAACUACACAUACUACACUAAAGAGUAACUAAACGAACUACACUAACUACCCCAGCUGCAGCAACUGCACCAACUACAUAUACUACACCAACUACACAUACUACGCCAACUACAUAUACUACACCAACUACACAUCCUACACUAACUACACUAACUACACAUACUACACAUACUACACCAACUACACUAACUACACCAACUACACUAAGUACACUAACUACAGCAACUACAGCAACUACAGCGACUACAGCAACUACACCAACUACAGCUACUACACCAACUACAGCUACUACACCAACUACACUAACUACACCAACUACAGCUACUACACUAACUACACCAACUACACCAACUACACCAACUACACCAACUACACCAACUACACCAACUACACCAACUACACCAACUACACCAACUACACCAACUACACCAACUACACCAACUACACCAACUACACCAACUACACCAACUACACCAACUACACCAACUACACCAACUACACCAACUACACCAACUACACCAACUACACCAACUACACCAACUACACCAACUACACCAACUACACCAACUACACCAACUACACCAACUACACCAACUACACCAACUACACCAACUACACCAACUACACCAACUACACCAACUACACCAACUACACCAACUACACCAACUACACCAACUACACCAACUACACCAACUACACCAACUACACCAACUACACCAACUACACCAACUACACCAACUACACCAACUACACCAACUACACCAACUACACCAACUACACCAACUACACCAACUACACCAACUACACCAACUACACCAACUACACCAACUACACCAACUACACCAACUACACCAACUACACCAACUACACCAACUACACCAACUACACCAACUACACCAACUACACCAACUACACCAACUACACCAACUACACCAACUACACCAACUACACCAACUACACCAACUACACCAACUACACCAACUACACCAACUACACCAACUACACCAACUACACCAACUACACCAACUACACCAACUACACCAACUACACCAACUACAGCUACUACACCAACUACAGCAACUACAGCAACUACAUCAACUACACCAACUACACCAACUACACCAACUACACUAACUACACCAACUACACCAACUACACCAACUACAGCUACUACACCAACUACACCAACUACAGCAACUACAUCAACUACAGCAACUACAGCAACUACAGCAACUACAUCAACUACAGCUACUACACCAACUACAGCUACUACACCAGCUACAGCAAGUACAGCAACUACAGUAACUACACCAACUACACUAACUACAUCAACUUCACCAACUACACCUACUACACCAACUACAGCAACUAUACUAACUACACCAACUAGAGCUACUACACCAACUACAGCAGCUACAUCAACUACAGCUACUACUCUAACUACACCAACUACACUAACUACACCAACUACACUAACUACAGCUACUACACCAACUACACCUACUACAGCUACUACACCAACUACACCAACUACACCAACUAUACUAACUACACCUACUACAGUUUCUACACCAACUACAGCUACUACGGCAACUUCAGCUACUACACCAACUACACUAACUACACCAACUACAGCUACUACACCAACUACAGCUACUACACCAACUACUGCUACUACACCAACUACAGCUACUACACCAACUACAGUAACUACAGCAAUUACAUCAACAUUCUCAUAGUGGGCUUAGUGGUCACUUAAUGUCUCUAUAUUCGUGACGGUUAUCAUGAACCCAUUACCCAUUUUAUCACGAUCCAAGACAGUACUACAAAAUUGUCUCGAUAAACUAUCUUCAUUCUGUACUUCAUGGAUGAUGAAAAUCAUCCCCAAGAUAACAAAAAUUAUGGUUUUUCAGAAACGUGCGAGAAAAAAUGCUGAUUUUCACUUUCGCAUAGAUUGUCAAAUAAUUGAUGUUGUACAAGAGUACACUUACUUAGGAACUCGAAUGUCCUCAUCGGAAAAUUUUUCAGUGUCACGUGAACAUCUCAAGGAGAAAGCUCUUCAUGCCCUCUUUAGCUUGAGACGACUAUACUAUGAUCUCCCCUAUUCUAACAUAAAACAGUGAAAUUUGGGGUGUGUAUGCCAAACCAGAUUUUAAGACCUGGGACGGCUCACAAAUUGAGAAGGCACACCUUCAAUUUUGUAAACGAUACUUGGAGGUAAACAACAAAGCUUCUAAGCUUCUAAGCUUCUUCUAAGCUUCACAGCUUGGUCGUUUUCCUUUAAAUAUCACAAUCAAUCAAAAAAAUUUCAAAUUCGUUUUGUUUAUACAGUCUAAAGAUGAGGAAUCUCUCGUCAAACAAGCUUUUUUAAUGUCAUUCGACUUACACUGUAAUGGCAAAAAUAGCUUCCAUUCUCAUUUAUUAUGAAUAUGUCAGAAUACUUUAAGCUUCCUGACUUUAACCCUCAUUCUUAGAAAUAGCGAUGGUAAAAAGCUAUGCAAGUUCAAUGAAACAGGAAUAUAUUUAAUAUUGGCUAAACACCCUGCAAUAUUCUCAAAAACUUGCAUUUUAUAGUUCUUUUGAAACCGAUCAUACCUCCUCUAGUUACUUAGACUUAACAAGAGGAACAUCUGGGAGAAGGGCUUUAGUAAAACUACGAAUAAGCAAUCACAAACUAAUGAUAGAAAUAGGCAGAUACAAUCAAACUACGAAGGAUAAUAGGCAUUGCCCUUUUUGUGGAUGCAAUGUAAUAGAAGACGAAGUUCACUUUCUUUAAAACUACGAAUAAGCAAUCACAAACUAAUGAUAGAAAUAGGCAGAUACAAUCAAACUACGAAGGAUAAUAGGCAUUGCCCUUUUUGUGGAUGCAAUGUAAUAGAAGACGAAGUUCACUUUCUUUUUCAAUGGUCCUACAUACUCUAUGACUAUAGGAACAAAUUUUACAAUAAAGUCAAGACUCUGAUUCCAAGUAUUACUGACCCAGUUACCUACAAACGUUUUGAUCAAUGAACUGAUGAACUCUUCUAAUUACUUUUUCAAUAUACAUUCAGCUUGUUUUGAUGUUCGUGACAAAUUAUUAUCAAAGUAACGUAAUUGCCCUGUGUUGUAAUUUUGACUCCUAAACAUAGCUUGUGCAAUACUGAACGUAUGUGUUUGCAUAGUCAUUUAAAUACAGUAAAGCUCGUUGUUGUUGUUGUAGCCUUUUCUUCAGCAAGAAAUUCUAACAUAAACUUUUUUUUCGCUAACCCCCGGAAAAGUAGCCUGAAAUUCAUCCGAUUGCUUCAAGUCGUUUUCUCCUCUAAACAACGUCUGAAUCGACCGGCCGUUAAAGCCGUCCAGUGACGUCACUCACUACCCGAAAACCGGGUAGUGAUUUUCAUUGGUUGAUUGUCUAAACAUUCGCAUAAUUAUGUAUAAUUAUGAAAAAUUUAAGCGGAAUUGUCGCUUUGAUAUUCAGCGGAUCGCAUCCCUGUAGAUCCCUGGCAUUCUUUCGUUUAGUUCAAACAUUUCGAUAAGCUUAAUCUUCAUCUUAAACAGCAACAUUGCCCUUGUCUUCGAAACUGAAAUGCUAAAUUGAACUGCGAACGAAGAAUCAUUGCGGAGAGUCGGUGGUUUUUUCAUUUAGAGCCGCUUUGUGGUUUCGGCGGCCGGUUAUUUUGUUUACGCGAAGUUUUCUGAGAUCAAUGUUAUAAUUUUAGUCUAAUUCGACCUUCUUGUAAUUUUUACCGUCAAGUGUAAUGAUUCUGUGAGCUUUUCUUUCUUGUCUCCUUGUUUUUUUUUUCUUCGUUAAGGACCAAAUAGCUUCUUUUCAAUUAAAGCAAAUCAUUGUGUUUUUGAACUAAGUGUUCCGUGUGUGUGUUUAUUUUAUUGCGUGAUUGCGACAGAGUUUGAUUAUAGAAUUUAGUACAGCCGGUUCAGAGUUGUACUGCAUGCAGUUGAUAGUUUGAACGUUUAACAUGAAUUACAAUCGAAAAAAAAUAAAGCAGUUCUGUAUCAUGCAGACAUUUCCAAACAAAAUUUCUUGGUUUGCCCUUUGAAAAUCGGGUUUUAAUUUUUGCAUGAAUUAAAGCGAAGAUCAACGAGUAGUGACGUCACUGGACGGCAUAACGGCCGCUCGAUUCAGACGUUACUGAGGGAGUAAUAACGACUCGAAGUAAUCGGAUGAAAUUCAGGCUACCGGAAAAGCGGCCCUGCGGAUUUUACAACUUGUUCUCCUUUGUUAUGCCAAUAACAACACAUGAUCCUCAGAAUAGUAUCCGGUUAGAAAUAAGAGUUGACAGGCCAAACACGGCUCAUAAGCUCGAGAUAAUACGAAAUGUGACCUUGAGAGUCUGCUUGAACAGAGGUUUUUCUUCUUUUCUCUCUCGCGCGAAGGUUACUAACACUACAUUUUUGCCGCAGUCUUAUAUUUAGAGGUCAUGAAGCAGGUUUGUUUAUACAUGCAUACUGAGUAAUGAUUUGCUGUGGUUUAUGCUUCUGUGGGUGUUCCUGAUAGGAUUUGAUUUCAGAUGCAGGUGUAAAGUGUUUUUAUUAUUUUCUUUGAACUCUGUUUGUUACGGCUAAAUAAAGAUUUUAGUUUCUUCGGCUGGCUUUCUCCCAAAUGCCUGGAUCGGAACAACUACAUGCAUGCAUGUAAUUUUCUCUGUCCGUGAAUGUGAUUAAGUUCCUGCUAUGUCAGUAUGACACUGGGUCUAGCUCUUAACUGUGGUUUUGCAGAAUGUUGAAUUUUCACGGAUAGUGCGAUCCUCAGAUUUGAGUUGUACCCUGUAGCUUAAUGCCGGUUUUUCUUAGGCGUUGAAGAAUGAAUAGAACCACAAACGUUCGAAUAAUAAUCUGACGAUUCCUCUAAAAGAAUUCUCUUCUCAGGAGAAACAGACUCUUCCGCAUUUAAUCAUGUACCCGUACGGCCUUUUUCUUGAUAGAAAGCCCUGCCUUACAGGCUUUGAAACUGUAGCUUUGAAAAAUUUCUUCGUCGAGUUCUCGUAAGUUGUUACGAAGUCCACGCCGCUUUUGCAGUUUUCUCAGACACUGUUUACAAAUAUAAUGUGAUGUGUCAUGCACAGUUAAUUGUAAAGAAAUAAUUUCAUGGUACACGUUAAAUUUUCCGCGGCCUCGCAAAAGCUUUCGAACGUUCCGCGCACAAAGGCACUGGUUUUGAUUUGUUUUGGCUGGAAAACCCCGCUUACAUAAAUGACCACAUACAUUAUCAGACCAGAUUCGAUAACAACCAAUCAGCGUUAAGUCAAACAAUGCGCACUGUGUGUCAGCCUAUCAAAGCGUGUUCCCAAGAUCUUGGGAAUCCAGCGGGACACUGGAACACGAUUAGGGACGGCGUUAAGCAGACGUCUCUUUUCCGCGUGCAACAAAGGAAAUAGGAGACGUCUGCACGCAGUGAACAUUCUGCCACGAGAUGUCCUAUCUCUAAUCAGCCGUGCUUUUAAAUAAUGUAAGUUUAUCCCUUUCGCAACUAGGUGUGUCAUGCAAACUACAUUAGGAGGUAUCUCAUGUGAACUUCAAUUCAUUAGAUUCUGCAAGCAGAAUACUGCAAUGCUGAUCGUACUACAGCUGUUUAUGGCUACAAUACCGCUCUUUUUUUGAGUUCUUUCGGUGUCGUGUUGAUGUCUUGGAGAGUUAAUUUUCACGUAGUACGAUCAGCAUUGCAGUAUUAUGCUUGCAAAAUUUAAUAUGUCUACAUUAUUAUUUUUGCUGAUCAGGUCUUUAUAGAUUCUACGUCCUUCGGCAUAUUCGUUUGCGGUCCUUUGCAGUCCUUUAUGGCUAAUGUUUGUACUUCAAUUCAUUAUUAUAACAAAUAAUUUAGUCCGAAAGAACACACAAUUUUCUGCGUUUAGUCAAGGAGAUUGCAUGAAAAAUAGGCAUUAUAAAUGAUGUAGUCGUUAUUGAAAUCUAACCACAAGUUGAACAAUCAAUGUAUGUAGAAUUUUUUUAAACCAUGGGCCAAACGUCUUUAAAUAAUAUGUGAAUGUUAGUGUAACUCCCAUAAUACAAUUUGUCUUACUGUUCUAUGGUUUGGCAUUUCUGUCAAGCACAAGGUGCGGAAAAACUAGAAAACGACGUACGUAUCUUAAGGACUGGUACUGUGACUACGAUAGUUUACUAAAGUGGGCCGAUUCAACCAGCCUGGCCAAUAAGAGAAUGAGAUACUAGCCUUUGGCUACUCUAAAAUCCGAAGUUAAAUAAAGUUAUGUAUGCAUGUGUAUAUGCAUGUAUGUAUGUAUGUAAUGUAUGUAUGUAUGUAUGUAUGUAUGUGUGUAUACAUAUUCCUUUAAACUACUCUGUACAGAUCCGUACUGUUCCACUUAUUAGAUGAUUAGCGUCUUUUUCUUUAGUUCCUUUCUUUCUUUUUCUCUUUUUUAUUUCUGUUAUUAACUUAUUUUUAGUUUUCAGCCCGCUGUGAAAAUAGCUCACUGCACAUGUAUUUUUAAUUAUCAUCAUUUUUCAAUACAUUUUGUUUUAAUAAACUAAAAAAAAUUUGCAUGAAAAAUAGGCAUUAUAAAUAAUGCAAUGAAUAUAAAAAUUCUAACCACAAGUGGAACAGUCAAUAUAUGCAUAAUUCUUUAAGUAUCUCAUAAAAUUAUUUCUUAUUUAAUAACUUUGUAUAAUUUUUUUCAUUUAUUCACUUUACAAGAACAUGGAUGCAAUACGACUCUAUUCUGCCCAAGUACCCGAUCAGGUGAAGAAAGUUGUCCACACUCUCGUCAAAGGAAGUGAGGAGGAUGUAAAAGACUUUCUUCCAAUAGAACUUGGAAAGAUUGAUAGAAAGGCUUCAGAAUGCCUACGCUUAGCGCAAGAAGUUCAAGCGAAGUUUGAACAUGUGAUGGAUCUAACAGGUGAGCUGUUGGAAGUCUCUUCAGCUGCUAGAGGAUAUUAUCAAAAAACCCAAGAAGAAGUAAUAAUGAAAAGAAAGAUUGCUUUAGCUAAAGAAGACUCAGCCCGGAAGAAAAUAGCUUUGGCAAAGGAACAACAAGAAAAGCUAGAAAAGCAAGUAAAAGAUGCGAAAGCAGGCUGGGAGAAGGCUGUGGAUUCUAUGCCAAGUGGAUGGGACCUCAUUGGGAUGCAAUUUGUAGAAACAUACACAAAUACUAUGAGUAACUGUGCUGCAACUAUGCUGCCCGGAUUAGCCCAGGGAGCCAUGAUGAUGGCAGGGGGCCCAAUGAUGGCACAAAUGCCUGCAGGGAUGCAAAUGCCUGCAGGAGGGGAAAUGCCUGAGCAGAUCCCAAAAGUUGCCCAAACAGAGCCAGCAUCCGUCAACGGAGACCAUUUAAACAUUAAAAUUCUGAUUACGAAAUUGGUGGAGGACCUUAAAUCUGCUUCCAAAGAAACUUCCAAGAAACCUAAAGAUGGAGAUGGAGAUAAAGAUGAUGCUGGAGAUGAAGAACCCGUAGCUACAAGACUUCUAGAGACGAAGUUAACAAUGGAAGAUUUACAGAAAGAUUUGUCCUCUAAGGAAGCCAGCCCGCAUAACAAAGAAGCAUUGCAGCUGUUGAAAAACGGCUUAAAGAUCUGCACGCAAGCGGAAGAGAUGAUGGCACAACUCAGCAUUUCGCCAAAUGAAAUCGAAGCAAUUGCCAACCAAGCAUCAGAACUGAAAACUAAGGUUAUGAAGUUCUGCACAAAAGCUCAGGCAAAGACAGGAGGAAAUCCAUUUUACACCAAGCCUCCAAGACAAGCAAUAAGUAUGGCCGGCUCUGCAAAAUCUUCCUCUUCAAGUGUCGCUAAUUCAGCGGUUGAAAAUGCACGAUUUAAAAUCGCUGAAGCAAAAGGUCUUCUGGAGAGACAAGAGAACCGCUAUGACCAAACGUGCAAGGAACUGAGGGAGAGUAAUGAAGAGUUAAGUAAAGUGUUACAAAGCCUUGCAGAACUCAGCCCAGAGAAGAUUGCUAAUUUCGACCAAAUUAGAGAAACCCUGUUACAAGGUAUCAAGGCCCUGGCUUCAGUGCGUGAGCAGUGGCAGAAACUGGUAGAGUUCUUCCAGUUUAUUACCAACAUCAUCAAGGUGUGCCAGAAGGAAAGCCUAGCAAGCUUUGUUGAAUAUGCCAAAGUGGGCCAAAAGCGAGUGCUGGCUAAUGGCUACGCUGACACCGAUUUCAUGCGUGACCUGAUCUACGAGCAAGUAAGCCAAGCAAAUACGACGUCGUAUGUGGUUUGGUCCAUAUCAAACAUGUACGUGGAAAUAUCCCGCAAACAUCUGAUGAGCCGCCUCGCCAGUCUUGGCCAUUUGAUCGCAUUGGAUCCAGAAAAGGAACGGCACACCAUCGAAGCAAAGCGGAAUGAGCUCAUGACAGGCAGCAAAGAAGCCCAGGAGGCGAUAAAGAAGCAUGUGUCAGAGACAAAGGACCAUUUCCACGAGAGGGUGACAAAGAGAAUAAAGCAGAUAGAAACAGAGCUGAUAAAAGCACUUCCUUCAGAAGAUCCAGCUAAAAUAAAGGAAAUAAAUGACUCUGUUAAGAGUGCCAUCAAAGAGGCAGACGAAGAACUUGGUGCAGAUAAUUUCUGA